AGAUCGAGAUUAUUUUUCUUUUGUUUCACGUCGUUCAAUUAUAUAUUAUAUACCUUUGUUUCUACUUAUCGAUGUACCAGGUAGUUAGUUGAACAAAAUAUCGGUAUUUUUGUGCGAUUUAGCGGAACGAAUUUGGCGGUAACAUAUCUUAAUUUUGAAAAUAACAUUACAUUCGAUUUUGUUUCUCAACUUUGGUUGAAUUUUUUUAAUUGAUGUUGCUUGUAUCUAUAUCUGUACAUGCCGUAUGUAUUAAUCAAGUCUAUUUGUACUAAUGAUUAUAUGUAUUUCAUGCUUGAGCAGACAAAUCGUUUUCAUUAGGCUUUGCCUCUCAUACCCUCUCUUCAAUCGGGCAGAUUCGUUCAUACCACAAAGGGAAUCUUUUGCCGACUUUCCCUAGGUCCGAUGGAGUGCCAGAGCAUCUUAACUUCGGCUUGGUCAAUUUUUUAAUUUUGGCAAAGUAUCAUUCCCGAAAUGAAUCACACCACGGGUUUUUAAUUGUCAAUGAACAAUGGCCACGUUCAAAUCGUCUUUACUGAUCUCCCUGAUCGUUUUUGGAUUUGCAGUUGCUGGCGUUAGCUGCAAAGUCGAGUUCACCAACCUGAAAUGCACGACCCUGGAACGGGAAUUUUUGGAGUUUGACAAGUGCUUUUUAAAGUCGAUCAACCGGACCUACAAAUACCUCUCCGUGAGCACAAAGAUCCACAUGCUCCCAAUAAAGAGUGCUUCAAUACGGACUCAAGUGCUCCAGAGACUGAACGGCUACAAACCGUUCCUCUUUAAUUUCACCACCGAUGCCUGCAAGGCUUUGAGUGGGAAAAUGAAUCCGACGACUCGAUUUUUCUUCGGGCUGAUUGCUCCCUACUCAAACCUGAACCAUUCCUGUCCCUACGAUCACGACCUAUUUGUGGAGAAGCUUCCGAUUAGCUUUAUGGACGAGCAACUCACCAAAGUUCUGCCGUUCCCGGAGGGUGAUUACUGCUUGAAAAACGUAUACUCGCACCGUGGAAAGCCACGAGCUGAGGUCUCGGUCUACGCAAGCAUCUCCUAAAAUUUAAACGCCAGCGCUGCCAGACCUUGGAGCUGGAAUGUGCGGCCCCACCAUCGCUGUGGACCCGAAGAUGUGCUGAUCAUACGAUUACAUAAUAUACCGCCGAAAUCCCCGUG